AGGCGAGUGCUCUGCAACAACAGCAUCACCAUCAGGCUGCCUGGCCUCCCUUCGAGCAGCAACAGUCACCCUUCGAGCAGCAUCAGUCACCAUUCCAGCAGCUACUGGGACACCGCGCCGCAGCGCCUUCGGCUUUGACCUUAACCCCGGUAUUCUCAUGGCGCACAGCGGACCCCCAGUCGUCCAUCUCGACGCGUAGUUCUCAGUCAUGGCAAGGCUCAUCAUCUGGCAACCCCUCUGAGUCUCUAUCAUCGCCGACAAGCUCCAUGCUGUCGCUCGUAGCUCCUCAAUUCGUCCAGUCGGCAGGGGAAACGCGGCCCGUCCAGCCAGUAGACUCACCGGAGACGCCAAAGCGCCGCAGGGGCCGCCCAAGACUUUCGGAGACCAGCCAACGCGCCAGGACUGCGCAGACGCCCGCGAGAACGGCCAAGAAGACCAAGCGUCAGCGUGCCUCGACAACUUCAGCAAGCGAGGACGACGACUCGAGCAGCAAGGUUGGAGACGGCGGCGGCGGCGGUGGUGGCAGCGACGACGACGACAAGAGGAACAGGGUCCGCGCGCGCAACCGCGAGGCCGCCCAUAAGUGCCGGCAGAAGACGCAGAAGGGCAUCAGCCAACUUCAGACGCAGGAGGCCGUCAUGGGAGGCAUCAACAAGAGCUUGAAGUCCGAGGUCGAGAUGCUGCGCGAGGAGAUUCUGCUGCUGAAGCACAUGGCUCUCCAACACAGCGGGUGCGGGUGCUCGUUCAUCGAAGAGUACAUAGCCGGCGCGGCGCAGAACCUCGUGCAGUCCGGCGCCAGGAUAUCCGCUACGCCUCGCGGCGGGAACGCAGAGACGGACGGCCAGCACUCCAUGGCCGGGGGCGACGAGUGUUACAUUGAUCGGCGGGCAUACGACACGCACAGCAAGGCGGAAAUGUACCUGACUGGAUUCGAGAGUGGGUUCUUUGACUUCGAAUCUACCCCGUAUCAUGCCGCAGGGAUCCAGCUUUGA